UUGGGUUCGCCAUAAAUUUAUCCGCUAAACACCGAUCGUCUCCAUCUCUGUGGACCUUUGAUUCCUUGACUUUUAGCAACCAACGACGAUACAUUCUGACGAUUACGCAGAGUCAUCUACACAACUACCUUCUGCUGCCGCUUCGAUAGAUCUGGACUCAGCCCAAGCGGAAGAAGCCGCCGUGGACAAAGACGUCAGGGACAUGACGGUAAUGGUCGACGAUCCACAAAAGCAUCCCGAUGGUUCUUUUAUGACUUACUUGGUCACCACACACACGACAGUCGAGACGUUUUCGUCCCCUCAUCCAAGGCCUGUGAGACGUCGAUAUCAAGACUUUGUAUGGCUACAAUCAGCAUUAUCGCUAGAAUUCCCCGCCUGCGUUGUUCCGCCGCUGCCUGAACGACAUCGACUGAAAUACGUUAAAGGAAAUCGAUUUGAGGCACAGUUUAUUGAGCGAAGGCGGUUAGGGUUGCAAUGGUUUCUCGAUAGAAUUGCUCAACAUCCCUAUUUCCAACGAUCGCAAUGUACCCGAGUGUUCUUGGAAUCUGCCGACUUUAAAAAUGACAAGAACAUGCAAUCCAAACAAGUGCCACAAGCGGCUACGGUGAUUGAAACACUGAGUGACUCGAUGAUGCGAUCUUUUUCAAGGGUGAAAAAACCGGAUGAACGAUUUGUGGACAUGAAGGACACUGUGGAUAAACUGGAAGAUAAUUUAUCAACCGUUGAGCGAGUCUUUUCUCGUAUCAGCAAACGACAGCAGGAUCUGGAACGAAAUUAUACCCAUUUUGCAAACAGUGUGCGAGGAUUGUCGGCGUUGGAAACGGAUAUUGCUCGACCACUCCAGCAUUUUGCUGAAAGUGUAGAUUCUUAUGUGGCCGCUAUGAAGGACAAGGGGCGCAAAGAGGAUACUUAUUUUCUAAACGACGUGCAUGAGCUGGUGGGCUAUUGUCAUGCGACCAAGGCGGAAUUGCGCGAACGAGAUCAGAAACAGAUCGAUUUUGAGGAGCUUUCAUCUCAUUUACAGCGAGCGGUAGCAGAUCGAGAGCGAAUACUAUAUCCUGGGCAACAUCCAACGAAAGGAGCAGGUGUGAAUAUUACCGAGUUCAUGGCGGAUAAAAUGGUGGAAGCACGCGGCGGUGAUAAGGAACGUACAAAGCAAGAACGACUGUCACGACUGGAGACCAAAAUCGCAGAGCUUCAAGACGAAGUGGCCAGGACAAAUGAUAUCAAUAACGGGUUCUCGAAUCAAAUGUUGAAAGAGUUUGAGAUUUUUCAACGCGCCAAAACACGCGAGUUAAGGCAAGGUUUGGCGGCCUAUGCAGAUAGCCACAUUGAAUUUUUUGAAAAGGGUAUAUCUAUAUGGGAGAAUGUGCUGACAGAGCUAGAAGGGAUCUCUGUAAAUGAAGAAUAACCCCAACUUGCAACGAGCAUAGUGACAUUUUAUUUUUGGUUUUUAUUAUUUUUGUAACAUUAGAGUAGAAUACAUCAUUAUGAGCCACCUGUAGUAUCGUUAUGUUGAUCUGCGAAUGCCUGGACUCUGGCUAGUAUAGCAGAGAAACGCCUACCCAUAUCAUAUGCGAACAAUUGGCAUGGACCAUUAUAAACUGGUUGUCCUACAUAUAAUCCAUUAAGGUGGAAUGGGAAAACGGCCUUCCAUUUUUCGAUGAUUCGGCUUCGAUUCUUUCAAGUACGCAUAAACAAUCCAAAUUGGUGGAUUAUUCCAAAUACAUGCAAGUUCGACUGAGGGGAGGCGGGAUCUCGGAAAACGCACCAAAGGUUAAUGCGAAGGCAUUGUGUGCGCAUCUCUAAUAAAAUAAAACACUGAACAAUUAAACUGGGUGAAUAUACGUCCAUGUUUUAUAAUUUGGAGCUGAACUCAUAUAUGUUUCUGAACA